AUGAAUUCUGGAAGUUUCAGGGACCUGCGGCCUCUUACUCGUGGAAUCACGUUUGCCGGUCGGCCUUUAUCUUCUGCAAGCAGAAGUUUGUCUCGCCAUAGUUCUUCAUCAUCUGCGAGAUCUUCCCUGUUGUCUUCGGUCCUCUCUGUUCCUGAUCCCACUCUCACCAUUCAAGACAUAGAGCAAGUGUUAUUCCAAAGAGUUACUGAAAUUGAAGAAGAUUUAAAAAAUGCCUUCAUGACUUUGGACGUGGAUCAGAUGUUAUCUGUCACCAAGGGUCAACUGUACAGGGUCCUGAAGAACUUUGUCAUAGCCCUGACCCAGUCACAGUUUGAUGAACUGCUAACAAAGGUUCCUGUCAGUCCUAACGGCACCAUUCCAUACCUUGACUUUUUGGCCAGAUACCACCGGACCGGCAGCAGCAUGUCCCAGGUAAAGAGAAGAUGGAGCUGUUCACAGGCCCAUAAAGUAAUGACACUCAAUGAGCUUGAAGCCCAGCUGAAGCUAAUGAUAUCUAAGAAUCUGAAAAACAUUGUCAGGUCUUGUCGACUGUUUGAUUAUAACCAAAAUGGUCAAAUUCAAAAACAUGAACUCCGACGCGUCCUGGAAAACUACUGCUUCAAGAUGAAGAAUGUGGAGUAUGAAAAACUUUGGAACCAAUAUUGUAUAGGAAAGAGACACACUCUGGACUACAAAGAACUGCUGAGAAACCUGGGGAUUAGUACAGAGCAGCAAAGUAAACCAAUCCAAGAAAAUGUAGCCCAAGCAUUAAACUGGGAGGCCACUGAGAUGGUGCGAGAGAAGCAGAAGGAGUGGAGACUGCCUUCCUCACCUAGUACAUUUAAUGCAGAGGACUUCACCCUAGAAGAACUAGAAACAGCAUUUAGGAAAAAGAUCUCCUCCGCACACCCGGAUCUUUUGAGGGCUUUCAAAUCGUUUGACGUAGAUCAGACUGGAUGUGUCUCUCUGGAUGCCUUAAAGUCAGUCAUUAAUAACUUCAUCUUCCCGCUACCAGACCGAACAUUUCACGAGUUAAUGAGCAGGUUUAAAUUCAAUAUCACAGACACAGUCUGCUGGGAGCAAUUCCUUAAGAAAUUUCAAGGACCUGUCAGUAUUGAAAAUGGUCAGACUCUGCCAAUCAAGUCUAAUCACAGAGUCAGCCCUGUGAAAACAAGAGAUGAAAAUUUCUCUAAUGAUCACAUUCUUCAGAAACUUCACCAGCACUUCCAGGAAGCCUACCCCUCGCUAAAACAGGCCUUUCUCAUACUUGAUGAGGGACAGAAGGGCAAGGUGAGCAGGAAGGAGCUACGCCGUAUCGUCGACUGCAUGAUGUUCCGCAUCGCAGACGAGCAGUUCAAAGAGUUAAUGAUCAUCCUGGACCCGGCACACACCGGAUUCAUCAGCUACCACCAGUUCCUGGACCUGUUUGAAGAGAAGGAAUCUGUUACUGGUCACAAGUGGCUAAAUAAUACCAAGCACCCAGUAAAGGAUACAACCGUUGCAUUGUCUUUGGAGACGAUGGAACAUAUCCUAUGCAAUAAGAUCAAUGCGCACUUGAAGGAUGUCCUUAAAUCUGUCCUGUCACAUGACCCUAAAGGAUCGGGAAUCAUCCACCAGGAUCACCUGAAGAGAAUCCUUCAGAUAUACUGCCCGUCUUUGUCAGAUGACCACUAUAAUAUGAUUUGUGACCAGUAUGGGGUUAGUUCCUCUGAGGGCAUUUUCUACAUGGAGCUGCUGCACAAUAUUGGAAUCUCUGUCUCUUGCGCUGGUGACAUCAACGGUGUGAGUACUGACCUCCUAGACAGAAAUCAGUACCAGGAGGAACUAAGACAGUUCGAUCAUUGUGACAGAAUGAAGGGGAUUGAAAGCCAAGCAAGCAAUAUGGGGAAGAAAUUUACUGUGGACGAGGUGAUCGACAAGCUGAGACAAUGCAUGACAAAGAACGGAUUUACCAUCAAGGAAAGCUUUCUAGCCGGCAAUAGGCAGCCAGAUGGAAAAGUCUCCAAGAAAGAUUUCCGAAAGGUUCUGCAGGAUCACCAGCUGCAUUUGGAUGAAGAUCAGUUUAACGCUUUAACCAAAAAAUUGGGAUUUACAAAAGACGGUCUUAGUUAUCUGGAUUUUGUCUCAUUGUUUGAAGUCCCAUCAGGAAAUGGACCUGGAGAUAAGUUGCAUAGCAGCCCCAACCAUCGUGUUAACAACUCCAAGUUCCAUUAUAUGACAGCAGAGGAGUGUCUCAGCCAGUUCCCGAGCAAAUUAAGGGAAGGCUAUGGGGACACAUACACUGCUUUCUAUAAAAUGGACAGUAACCGAGAUGGCAUAUUGACAAUGCAUGACUUCCACCGUCUCCUGGACAGCUUCAUGUUCAUCAUCACCCAGAAGGAGUAUGAGCGUUUGCUGGGCCUGCUGGGUCUCAAUCUAACCUCCAAUCUGAAUUAUACGGCGUUCCUGGACCUACUACCAAGACAAGAAAGAGAGGGCUCUCCCCCCUGGCUAAACUCAUACAAUACGCUGAAACAAAGCCAAGACUGGGCAGAUUUGGCCUGCGAGCAAACUCAUUACUAUCUGGUGACAAAGGCACAAAGCAGAUGGCAUGACUUAGCGAAGACCUUCUGUGAAAUCGACAGUGAAGGAAACGGAAUUAUACAGAAGAAAGAUCUGAGGAAUGUUUUGUACAGAUAUUCGCUUCCUUUAACAUCUAGUGAAUUUGAAAAACUCUGGAGCAGGUAUGAUCCAGAAGCAAAGGGCCACCUCACCCACCAGGAAUUCCUCCAGAAAUUAGGAGUGAACUUUGCAUCUGGAGACAGCGGUCCAAGCAAACGUAUUUUAGAAGACAACCAUCAGGCCUUAGAGAAACAUUACAACUCACAGCAGAAGCACCACCAGGACAUGUAAGCCAUCCACAAUCAUCAGACCCGUGCUCUGAAUAUCAAAGAUAUUGAACAACAGGUCAAAGACAAGUUCAGAGAGUAUUAUCCUGACUUUGCUGCAGCCUUUGCUAGAAUAGACAAAAACAAGGAUGGACUUAUCUCUGUUCAGGACUUCCUAAGAAUGCUUCAGGAGCUGAACUUUGACCUCAGUGAUGAUCAGUUCCUCAAUCUCUUAUACAGGCUAAGGCUGAGAGCGAUAGACAGCAAGCUGUCUUAUUUCGACUUUUUAAGGAUGAUUGAUGAUGGAAGGGCUUCUAAGUAUGGACAAAGGCAAGAGCUGAUCGUGCCAACAGAGGACCUGCAGGCUCUCAGCCCACAGAAGAUCCUUGUUCGGCUGAAAGAAGCAGUAAAAACAUCAAAGGACAAGCUGUAUAAAGCAUUUUCUUCAUUUGACAAGGACGACACCGGAACAAUAAAGCCUUUUGAAUUACAUCGGAUCCUUGACAGUUUCUGUUUUAAGCUAACGGACAGGCAAUUCAUGUACCUACUGAGCAAGCUGUCGCUGAACGAGGACCGCACAAUAGACUGGAAGGACUUCCUACACAAUUUCUCCAUCUCCGAGCCUGUUUCCACCUGGGUGGACAGAGUGGAGAGAGCCACCAGGCUGAGAUCUGGUCAAGAACUGACAAUGAAGGACAUCUUCACACACAUCCAGGAAAUCGUCAAGGCGCGCUUUAACUCUAUCACUCAGGAGUUCCUAAACAUAGACUUUGCUGGCAUUUCCGUCAUUUCCAAGGAAGACUUCCAAGAGCUCUUCAAUAAGAAUUUCAUGUUGCUUACAGAUGACCAGUUUGAAAAUCUUUGGAGCAGCUUGCCCCUAAAUUCAUAUGGAAAUCUCAGAUAUCAUGAUUUCAUGAGGAAGUUCAGCUAUGACAUCCCAGAAACACCCUCACGGGAUCAAUUAACACGUAAUACAGAAUCGCCUUCCAAGACCGAGUCUUUAGCCACAAACAGCCGAGCUUCUGUGACCAGACGCCCUAAAACGGCACCAGCCAUUGCCAACAAACCUACUACUCCUGUACAGAGGCCACGUACCGCAGCCCCUCCUUCUACACCAAUCAUAAACUGUGAGCGGGUUGAGCGCACAUUGAAAAUAAAUCUUAGGAAAUGCUGGCAGGACAUGCAUAAGGCUUUCCGGGAAAAAGAUCCUGAAAAGCUGGGAGAAGUUUCUGCUUCUGAUUUCUCAGAUGUCAUGAAAAGAUUUAACAUGGACCUGCUGAAGGAAGACCUGGAGCAGUUAACUCUGAAAUAUGACUUAGGAAACAAUGGAAAAUUGUCAUACAUAGACUUCCUGCGCAAUGUCACACUUGAACCAAAGCAGCAAGGAUCAACUCUCCUGCAGAGGGUAAAACUGCAAAAGCCAAGGAUCCCGAUGAGCACAGGAUUACCUGGUGCCGCAGUCAUAGAUGCCAUACUUCGAAUCCAGCCAAAGAUAGUAGACAGCUGGAGACCAAUGAGGCGGACCUUUCGGGCUUAUGAUGAUACCAGGACAGGGUAUAUAAGCAUUCCGGAUUUCAAGCAGGUCCUACGGAAAUUUGGCAUCAACCUUUCUGAGGAAGAGUUCUUCCACAUUCUGGGUUACUUUGACAAAGAUUUCAAAUCCAAAGUCUCUUACAAUGACUUUCUCCGUGAGUUCCUGAGAUGAGAAAGUGAUAUGAUUUUGUGGCGAUGGCGUUUUGUAAUGCGUCCUCUUAUUUUAAUGCUUUGAUUAGAACAGGAAUAAAUAUAUUUACAUGACAGCAAAACUACAUUAACAUUGGCCACAGCUCAUAAACCGCAGACUGAUAAAUAACGUUCUGCAAAAUGAGCGCAGCUUCUGCGUUAAACUCUAAUGAAGAGUGUCUUCUUUCAUCAACCUAAUUACUUUAAUAAGACAAAAAUAACUAGGGCUCUUUAAAGUUUCCAAAUCCAAGAUGAAUGUCUCCAUGGUUAAAAAAAAUUGUAUACGCUUCCAGCACGCUUCCAUUGCAACACAUUGCGAAAAUAAAAAUUCUCCAUGUUCAUUAAUGGAUAUAUGAUGGUAAUUUUUAGUCAUCCGCCA